AUGUCUAGCCAACCGUCACCGCCAACCACCCCACCAUGGUCGGCCAUUUCCACUGCCGCUGGCCACCGUCAGACUCCAGCCACAGCCCGCCACCACCCACCACCGUUGGACUCCAGCCGCCGACCACCUGCCCCCGUCGGACUCCCACAGCCGACCAUUUGCCACCAUCGGACUCCCGCCGUCGGCCACCUGCCACCACCACCAUCGGGCGCCAUCGCCCGUCGUCGGCCUGUCACCGUCUGCAGGAGACCAACUCCGUUGCCCUUUAUUCAGCUUUUAUAA